AUGACGAUAUCAAAGGAUACUAAACUGGUGGUGAAAAUUGUUAAUGGACUUUUCAAAUCAUCGUUAGUCAAGAAUUCCAAACCAGUGUUCCCAAAUAAAAUACAGCAUUUUCAAAUAAAUCGUAAAGAAAAAUGGGUUAUAUGGGGACCUGCGAAAUCAUUAUUUGCUAAUGUACUAAGUAAUAAAUAUUUAAACGAUCCACCGACAUCAUUAAAAUAUGGAAAUAGUUGUAAUAAGCAUAAGAGUGGUGAUGCUGUAGGGUUUAAUGUCCAGCAGGUUCAAUUUAAAGGAGUCGAACCUACAGCUCAUCUAAGUGCAAGAUAUGAGUACUUCAAAGAUGAUUUUGAUAGAACAUGUAAGCAAUUUAUUCUAGACAAUGCCAUUGGUUCAAAUCAAGUUUCAUAUGAUGUAGUUACUACUUCCAGAAAAGUAAAUAUGGAAUUAUAUGAAACAUUAAUUGAAACAUUAAAAUUGAAAGAUUUGGAAGAUAGAUGGAUAAUGGGAUUAAGUAAUGGACAGAUGAGAAGAGCUCGUCUGGCACAUACUCUUUUAAAAGAACCUGAUUUAUUAAUUGUAGAUGAUCCAUUCUUAGGGCUGGAUUCAGAAGCGACUACAGUAAUAUCUGAAUUUCUCAGUAGUUACGAGGAGAAGCGCUUAAACAACUCAGGAUGCUCGGUGGUGAUUGGACUAAGAGUACAAGAUGAGAUACCUGAAUGGUGUACACAUAUUGUGUAUGUUACAGAAACUGGCAUUGAAUUCCAAGGUCCGAUUGGAGAAAAUAUUGAUAACAUCAUGAAAGUUAAACAAGAACUGAUUGUUAGUGAAAUUGAAAAUGAAAGUGAUGAAGACGAUAGAGCUUUACUUGAAAUAAUCAAAGGACAUUCAUUAUACGGUCUGGAUGAAGAAGUUAUAAAAAAGAUGCCGAAGGCGCUUGAAUUUAAAGGUGUCAGCGUUUCGUAUAAGGGCUGCAAGAUAUUAGAAGAUAUUAAUUGGGGUGUUGAGAUAGGAAGUAAAUGGCAAAUAGUUGGUCAUAACGGUAGUGGUAAGUCUACGUUAAUAUCGUUAAUCACAGCGGAUCAUCCACAAGGAUGGAAUUCCAGAAUAGUUGAGAAUGGGAUAGUUAGGAAGACGGGUAAGAGUAAUUAUUUUGAUAUCAAUAAGAAAAUCGGUAUGACGUCUCCAGAAUUGCAUUCUAUGGUGAUUAAGAAAUACGGUGAUGAGUUAAGGAUAAUUGAUUUAUUAAGCAGUGGUAAACAUGACGAUUCAUCUAGUAAUUUUACUAAGAACUGGGAUAAGAUGGGAGAGGAUGAGGCCACAGAUGUGGUUAGAUAUAUUGAAUAUUUCAAAGUUGGAGAGAUGUUGAAUGAAAGAGGAUUGAAGGUAGAGAGUAAGUUCAAUGAGUUGAGUGUUAGUGAACAAAAAUAUAUAUUGUUCAUUCGAAGUUUAAUGAAGAGGCCUGAGAUAUUGAUACUUGAUGAAGCGUUUUCUGGGAUGGAGAGUAAACACAUGAACAAAUGUUUUAAAGCGUUAAGUGUGUGGCCUGGUACAGUGUUGGUGAUAUCACACAUUGAUAGAGAGACACCUAAAGCGUGUAUAACGAACACAAUAACGUUAGUAUCGCCAGGUGAGUACAAAGUAGAGUGA